AGUUGUUGAUGUUUCAUGCAGAUGUUCUGUUACAGCCACUCUCUACACAAUCCUUAUUUUGAUCUCUGUUCUUCUUCCUUUCACUGCUGCCUGGCUAAGGUGGAUAUGUUCUCCUAUGGCAUGGUUUUGUACGAGCUGUUGUCAGGGCGACGGCCAGCGUUGGGUCAGCACCAGCUUCAGAUAGCUAAGAAGCUCUCCAAGGGUGUACGACCAGCCCUCGGCAAUCCAGAGGAAGUCCAGUUCCACUGCCUUCACCGGAUGCUGACUGAAUGCUGGGACACUAAGCCUGAGCGGAGGCCUCUGGCCCUGCAGUGUGUGCGGCAGAUGCAGGACCCCAGCUUCCCUUGUCUCAGGUACGUCCUGUCAUGUGACAUCCACUCUCAGCUCUUCCUGUCGGAGCUGCAGGGACACAGCGCCGUCUUCUGGAGCUACGACAAGGACGGCCGGAACUACAGUGUGAUCAACGUCCAGAAGGCUCAGAUGGAGGUGAAGAGGAUGUCCUGUCCAGGAGGACGGAUCAGCUGUCAGAUGAAGACCGCCACCACUCUCUGGAUCGCCACUGAGGAACAGGAAGUGUUCAUCUACAGUCUGAAGGACAUGUGUCCACUCAGUCAACCACAGAAACACUUCUGCUGUCCAGCCAUGGUCACCUGUCUGUUUCCUGUUCCUGCUCCACAACAGGUCUACACACCUACACACACACACACACACACACACAGCAACCCCCCAAGCCCUCCGUCCCCUAUCACUCUAGUUUCUGGUAACAGCUGGAUCCACUUCAAAGGUAACCAGUGAGAUUGAGUAACGACUGGAAGCUAAGCUGCAGGUCAGAGGUCAGAGGUCACACACUGUUAAAGUGUAUGACUUUCUUUAGUGUUACACACUGUUUUAUGGUCAGUCAACUGUCGUGGUGGUUCUCCUGCACCAGUGACGUUGACGUAUGAUGAACAUAAACAAACAGAAUGAGUGACUGGAGAUGAAGGU